AUGCGGGCGACGGCCCUUCGCCUGCGGAGCUUCUCCACGGCCGUCGUCAUCGCACCCUACUACGGUGGUGCUACUGGGGUGCACAGGAGGCAUCAGAACCAGUUGCGCCGCGCUGGCCGACCGGAUUCUGCCGCUCGUUCUUUGUCCACAGAUUUGGUCCGCGGCGGGUUCCAGCCGCGCCUUCCGACUUCGCUGCCGCCCCCAGGGCAGCAGCAGCAGCCGUCGCCGCUACCACGCCGACAGCCCGUCCCGUUGAUGCCUCCCGCGCAGCUUCAUCCGGGAGCGCCCCAGGUGGUCGCACCGGCGCCUGCGGUCCCUCUUCAGUCGCCACCGCCUUCGGAGCUGAUGGACGUCGACCCCUCAGCCGGGCCGCCUUCCCAAGCGGUGGCUGUGCAGCCUGUCCUGCAGCCGCUUUCCUUGGGCACCCCCAAGGAGUCUGACACCGCAGCGCCUUGUCCGGCGCCCACUCAGCAGCCGUCGACGCAGCGUCAGGAGACGCUGCCUCUCUUCGUGGGUCCCGACGCCCCGUCGCGUCCAGUACCAGAAGCUGCGCCCGUGGUCACAGGCUUCGUCGCGAGCACCGGCAGCAGCGAGUGCUCGUGGAGCAGCCGGUGCGUCGCGCGGCCUCUUCUCGCCGUCCCGCUGUCCCCUGGCUGCCUCGACUCCUCCCGGCCGUCCUUCGCGCGGCCGCCUGUGUUCCGCCGCCAAAUGCACGUGAAGUGCCUUGUCAACAGCUACAACCAGCUUAAUGCUCAGUCAACAGGUGCGCCGCCGCCGAGUCGAGUCGAGUGGCUGCUGCCUGCCGCCCCUUCCACAGCGCUGCCCGUAUUUCAGUCAUCCGACGCCGCGGGGGGCCGAUCCCGCGUCCCUCAAACACCGGCCCAAUCUAUUGCCUCCGCGCGCGCGCAGAUUUACGGCGGCGCGCCACUUAACACGGGCCGCACGUACCGCCCGCGGAGGGAGGGUGGGAGGGAGGCGGCCGUCUAG